AUGGUAAUUCUGGCGGGAUGUCUGGCUGUCCUGCCGUUCAACUCCACGGUGACCAUGCUAGAGGUUCCCCUCUUUACCCCAGCAGAGUGCCUUGCCGUAGCUGAGGCGACCGCGGAAGCUGUGUCGCGCCCGGGUUUCUCUCCCACGUCCUUCCUCCUGGACCCUUCCACGGAAGUUCCCGUUCAAGACCUCCCCGCGGAGGUUUCCACCAUGGUAUCGGAGGCGCUUCGGCAGCGGCUGAUGCCCUUUGUCGGGUUGGAGUUUAGCAGCCAGGGACAGGUUGUCUUGGACGAAAGGCUGUACGUCGAGCACUACCAGGCCUACCAUGAGCCGCCGCCAGUUGCACACGUGAGGCAGGGCCAGCUAGCUCUUCGAGUGGAACUCGACCCCCCGGAGAGUAAAUACGUUGGGGGCGGGGGCGUGCGUCUCGAGUCUAUGGGAAAAACCAUCACUCCGGGCAUGGGGAGCGGGCUGGUGUUGCCGGCAAAGCUGAGUCGCCUGGUGGGCAGUGCAUGCAGGUCUGUUAUAGUUGGGGGGCUCAGGUAUAUAUCCCACACGGCAUGGCUUGCCGUUGUUUCGUCUCCUAGCGCUCCCCGCUGCCAUAGACGAGAGCAUACACCGCAGCGUUUUUUCUGA